AUGGCUGAAGGUAAUGAGGUACUCUGGUAUUCGUAUUAUAUCUCGGAUUUAGAUAACAGCGACCUGUCCCAAAUCCGCGUUAGUAUGCAUCUUACUAACGAUUACCAACUACAAGUUCCUAGGCCGGAUGAACACUCUUCUUCCCCUCCCCAAGGCUUUGUAACUUUUUUUAAGGAUCAACUUUUGGGAGGUCUCUGCUUUUCUCUUCAUCCGAUUUUCUCUUCCUUGAGCCAAUAUUUUGGUAUUCCACUUUCACAGUUUACUCCCAAUGCUAUUCGUGCUAUCUGUGGCAUGGUCACCCUCUGUAGGGUAUACCAGAUUCCUCUGACUACACAACUUCUCCACCAUUUCUAUUCUCUCAAGCGAUCCAAGCCCGGUGUGUUCAUGGUGCAAUCCCGGGUCGGGUGUAAAUUCUUCCCUGAUAUGCCCUCCUCCAAUAAGGCUUGGAAGUCCCGCUUCUUCUUCAUCAGACUGCCUGAGUUGGUAUCCUGGCUGACCAACUGGCGUUCCAGCCUUCCCUUACCUUUCGAGUUGCCUGAACAUAUGCAUCAACCUGUCUGCCACACAGCUUCAGAGAAAAUAAAGGGAGUCCGUCUUCUCCUGUCUAUAAUAUUGCGAGAAGGUUUUUUGCACUUUUUUGGACCCAGCCCAGUCCCUGCAGCUAUAGGAGCUCCAUUUGAGGCUGCUAUGUUCUGGGUCUAUUCGCGUGAAUCAAGCAAGCUGUCUAGCAAUGUUUUGAAGGCCCUGGGCGAGGAAAUUGCAAGAGGCCUCGCCGUUCCCUCAACCACUCCCUCACAGGAAACGGUAGAGGAGCCAGCAGAGUCCUCCGGUCCACUUCUUCUAGAAGUUGUCCUCCCGGAAGCUGGCUCUGUAGCUCUGAAGCCCAUCGACAAGGAGCGGACUCUUUCUCCAUCUCCCGAUAAGCGCCUGCGCCUCCAGCGCAAGCGUAAAAGAGUCACUCCGGCAGUCCAAUCUUCCCCUUCGCUUCCUCCUCUAGGGCAAGCUUCCUCUAAAGUCCCAAAGGUCCAGGUCAAAACAACUAGAACCCCGGUCCCUGAGUCUUCUCCUGUGGCAGAAGUCCCCGCCCCUACUCCUGUCAGGGUCUUAGCCCCAGAGCAGGCCUGCUCCUCGAGCCUUAGCUUGAUUCAGUUUGCCGUCGAGCUGCUGAAGGAAAAUGAGUCACUGAAGUCUCGGAUUCAAGAAUUGGAGUUGCCCCUAACUCCCCGCGAUCCGCUCGACCCUCUGACCGCGGACGACCCUUUGGAUUCCUAUCUUCACACGGUAGGGGCGUCUGCUCAAUCCGCGAGGCAUCUGGCUCAGGCGUCUUCUGAAAAGAUAAAGGAGCUGCAAGCGAUCCUGAAGACCAAGUUGGAGGAGAAAGAGUCAGAGCUGGCAGCUUUCUCUACAGAUCUGAGGGCACUCCAGGAGUCUAAUAAAGCCUUGCAGAAAGACCUGGGAGUUGCCCGAGCAGACUUAGCUAUAAGUGUUGAUCGGGAAAAAGCUCUCCAGGCUCAACGGGAUCUGGACCAGGCUACUAUUAAGUCUCUUCAGGUGGAUCUUCUCAAAGUCCAGGUGGAGGCUUCUACCCUUAAGAAGGAGAAUGUGCUAGCUCUGGCAGCUGCAGACAAAGUAAAGGUAGAGCUGGUGGAGUACAGGUCAGGCGAAAACGAUCACCUCAAAGCAUAUAGAAUCUCCUACGUUAAGUCUCCAUUUUUCCAUAAGAAGAUAGACAAUUUAAUUGAUCUGAUGCUCUGCUAUGGGGGCGUGGGUGCUGUGCGCCAACUGUUUAAACAAGGUCUUCUUCAUUCUGUCCCCUCAGAUGACUUCCUGGACAGGGAUCGCCUGAUGCAAGAACUUCUUGAUGAAGCCUUCCCAUCCUUUAUCGCUGAUGACGACUUCCUGACUCUUCCUGUACCUCCCCCGAGUGAUGCACCUCCUACAGAUCCCCAGCUAUGA